UCAAAUAUGUCAACAAAAAAUAUGUCUGGUCUGGUCAUAGAAAGCGCCUAGCGUAAAUUUGAAGUUAAAUAAGUAAAUAGGAAUCACUGAAUUCAAAAAGUGUACAUAUUUAAUGCCUGACAACUAACAUAUUUAUUGUAGCAAUGUCGUCUAUCGAUUUUGAUCCUGCAAUAAAGUUGUGCUUGAAAUAUUUGCACUCUGGCGCUUCUGAUUCUACAGAACAACUGCGGUUAACGUUAGAUGACCACAUUCGUCAAACUUAUGGUAGCGCUAAAACGCUUGGAAAUGUUUUGCCGAAGAAGUACUUGAAUGAGGAGAAGUUGGAAUCUCCUAGAUCUAAGCACAAGACUGAAAAGUCUAGUAGUACUAAAACUGUGGCGUUGCCACAACAGAGUCCACAGCAGAUACAAAUACCGGAACGUGAAAAUGAUGACGGUUCCGUUAUGGAUGGAGAGUUGUCCCUCGAUUUAUUGGAAGAGGACUUGACUUGUGCUGUAUGCAGGCAAAUAUCAGUUCAGGCUGGAAACCGCUUAGUUGAGUGUGAUGCUUGCUGCGCCUUGUACCAUCAGGACUGCCAUAAACCUGUCAUCAGUGACAAUGACAUAGCUGCUGGGUGGCAAUGUGCCUCCUGCUUGACAUCACUGGGUAUAACUGGUAGUUAUAUCAAAGCUACUCCAAAAUCACCAUCUAACAUCUCCGGGUCUACAACACCAGUCAAGAUAUCAUCCAGCAGUUCAUCUUCCUCAUCACCUUCGAAGGUGGUGACACCAAACAUCAACAUUAUUUCUGCUGAUAAAAGGCUGCAAAUAAUGAAGAAGAAAGCAGCCAAACAACAUGAAAAGAAGAAAAGCUCUAAAUGAUAAUUACUUUUUGUUUCAUUGUAUGAAACAAUUCUAUUUUAUUGGCAUAAAAUCGGCCACUUAAAUAUUAUAAGAUGAAAAAAAUUAUGGUAACAAAAGUAUUUCUGCUUUAUGCAUGUAAGAUUAGCUAUAAUGUAUGUAAGAUGGAUGGAAAAGUAGAGCUAAAAUAGAUGUAUAGUGUUAAAUAUGAUAAACAACUGUACCUAUGUAAUUUUUUGUCAUAACUAGAAAUAAAACUGGAAAUAUUGCAUUUA